AUGUCUGUUGAUGCAACUGUAGAUAUAUCUGUUCCUGAAGCAGACGAGGAUAGUGAGUCUGUACAUGAAGCAGAGGGGCCAGAGGUGAGUAGAAAUGAAUAUUUACAUGAGGGUGGUUGGCAAAAUGUUGACAACCCUCUGCGGCUAGAUUAUAGAAUACCUGUCCACUUUUGUGACUAUUUUAUUUUCGUGAUACGAUGAUACGAAGUGAAAGUCAUGACGUAAUCAUUUUAGUAGCGUGUUAUUAUAAAAAGACUAUAUAAACUCCUGUUAUUUAGUGAAACUGGGCAAGCUAUUUUUUAGUGAUACGAUGAUACAAAGUGAAAUUAACGCAAAAUAUCACUACCAUAGUGUAUUCCUCGUUCUUCAAAGAACACGCAACAGAUCACUACUGUAGUAUAUUCCUCCUCAAUAAAAAUACACAUAAUAUCACUAUUACACUGUAUUUCUCGUUCUCAAAAAAACACGCAAAAUAUCACUAUUAUAGUGUAUUGUUUGUUCUCAAUAAAAACACGCAAAAUAUCACUACCAUCGUGCAUUCCUUGUUCACGUAGCGUGUUUUAAAAUGGCUUUUUCUCUUUUCACUAACAUUUCAGCAACGUAACAACCUCUCCUAUUACCAAACUUCCUUACUUAAUUACCUCAUUUAUCACCUACCUGUCAAGAUCAUAUCACAAUAAACCGAUCGAAUGUCAUACAGUGUCACUUCAUCGCUACUGUUAAACUCUUCGCAAGCGCACUUAUAAUAAUUACGUCACUUCAUUUCACAUCGUAUUAUUGAAAAAUAUACCUUGCCCAGUCUUAUUAAAUAACACGCACUUAUAAUAAUUACGUCACUUCAUUUCACUUUGUAUCAUCGUAUCAUUGAAAAAUAUACCUUGCCCAGUCUUAUUAAAUAACGCGCACUUAUAAUAAUUACGUCACUUCAUUUCACUUCGUAUCAUCGUAUCACUGAAAAAUAUACCUUGCCCAGGCUUAUUAAAUAACGUGCACUUAUAAUAAUUACGUCACUUAAUUUCACUUCGUAUCAUCGUAUCAUUGAAAAAUAUACCUUGCCCAGUCUUAAUAAAUUACGCGUAUUUAUAAUAAUUACGUCACUUCAUUUCACUUCGUAUCAUCGUAUCAUUGAAAAAUAUACCUUGCCCAGUCUUAUUAAAUAACGUGCAUUUAUAAUAAUUACGUCACUUCAUUUCACUUCGUAUCAUCGUAUCAUGAUAACAAGUUUAGCUUGAAAAAUGGACGGGUAUUCUAUAAUCGCUCCCCCUCUGCAUGAGCUAGAGUUUGUACAAAAGGAAAUGCACAGUUUUCAUUUAGAUCAAGAACAUUUAGAGCAUCGACAAUGUAUAAUGUGUAAAGAAGCUUGGCCGACACGAUAGAACUUAGCAUCAGAAGUAUACAUUUGUUACCGGUGUAAAAGAGACAAGAAAUCACCCAAGAAAUUCAGUGCGGAGAAUGACAUGGACCCAGGAAUAGUUCCUGAACAAUUGAGAGGUUUGACACAGGUAGAAGAAAUGUUAAUUUCAAGGGUUUGUCCCAUUAUGAGAGUAUAUAGAAAACAUGGGGGUCAGAGGGGGUAUAAAGGACAUGUACUUAACUUACCACAAGAUAUUCAAAGUUUCUUGAAUAGGUUGCCUUCUCGUGUGGCAGACUUGCCUGUCUUGAUUGUGCGAAGACAUGGUGCAGAAGACUUUACUGUGCGUCGACACAAAGUUCUUGAGGCUGUACUAUGGUUAAAGACAAACAAUCCGUUCUUUAAAAAUAUUGAAAUUGAUAGAGAUGUCAUCCAAAGUUUACCAGAAAAUGGUAUUCCUGAUAAGCUAAGGUAUGUCAUUGAUGAAAAAUGA